GUGAUUGUAGAGGAGUAUGCAUUUCAGAAAGCUCAUUAAUUCUUUAUAUUACUCGUGAUCGUUCGGAUUACGCAGAUAUUGCAUCGGCCUUAGCACGACAUAUUCAUAGACAGCCAGAUAGACAACAUAGUACAGUUUUGUAUCUUUAUUUAACAUCUUCAGUAGAAGAUCUGCAACGGCUUGGCUACCCUACAGAAAAUAUAACCAGACCGUCCUUAGGUAGAAUACGUAAUCUUUCAUCAUCAGCGGGAGGAGGAUGGGCAGAUUCUGUAUCUGUUGCAACGGAUGAAAAUGAAAAUUCAAUUCUACAAAAAAUAUUACGUGACACAAUUAAGUCUAUUAAGUCAAAUACUCGAGGUUUUUCUUUUAAUCAAUUAGUCACGGUAGACCUUCAGAUAGAAAGCCAUUGUGAUAUCAUACCAGAAAUUUCUUUGACUUAUGCUCAUAAUGUGGAUGGAAUUCAACUUUACGUCGGAAAGCAUUUGAAUCCAUCCAUUCUUCGAACCCUUAAUAUGGACAAGCCUCUGAAAAAUUUCAUUAACAUUCUCGUUAACCUUGGCCAAGUUUUUGGACUUUCGCGUGAUCAAAUCAAUAUAUUUUAUGAUGAUGAUUCAACAUCUGUUGCAUUUAAUCGUAACAGAGCCUUAUUUUUCAGCUUGAGAUAUUACAUUGAUUUUAAUGAUUCUGAAGAUUUUGUAAUCUCAAGUGAUAUCUUGACCUCCUGGUUCAUGGUAAUAUGUCAUGAAUUAGCGCAUAGUAUUAUUAAGGAACACGGAAGUAAACAUGAG